UCCUGCAAAGCUGCGGCUGUGCCGUGAGCAUGGUGCAGAGGUCAGGGGGCAUGCGAGUCCCAGAGGAUAAAGGUUAAAGGGGCACAGAGGUCAGGGGGCGUGUGAGACCCAGAGGAUAAAGGUUAAAGGGGCACAGAGGUCAGGGGGCGUGUGAGACCCAGAGGAUAAAGGUUAAAGGGGCACAGAGGUCAGGGGGCGUGUGAGACCCAGAGGAUAAAGGUUAAAGGGGCACAGAGGUCAGGGGGCAUGCGAGACCCAGAGGAUAAAGGUUAAAGGGGCACAGGUAGGUCAGGGGGCGUGUGAGACCCAGAGGAUAAAGGCUAAAGGGGCACAGGUAGGUCAGGGGGCAUGUGAGACCCAGAGGAUAAAGGUUAAAGGGGCACAGAGGUCAGGGGGCGUGUGAGACCCAGAGGAUAAAGGUUAAAGGGGCACAGAGGUCAGGGGGCACCCUGGACCAGGAAGAUGGGCAAAGAUCAGAGGGUCACACCUGACCUGAAGGAAGGAAGGUCUCACCUGACCCAGAGAAUGGAUAAAGGUCAGAAGGGCACAGAGGUCAGGGGGCACACUGGACCAGAGGAAGAAUAAAGGUCAGGGGGCACACUGGACCAGAGGAUGGAUGAAGGUCAGGGGCACGCCAGACUCCAAAAAGCCAAGCUAAAGAAGGCAGAGCAUUGGGCUGAGCCUGAGGAGUUGAGGCGUCUUAUACUGGGAAGCUCUGAAUGGCGACCUCCUGGCAUCCGGGGCCGGCUUUGUCCUGCCCUCAGUGCCAGGCAGCCCCAAGCGGGAGGCUCCGCCAGCGAGGAAGGGCCUGGAGGAGGGGCCCAGGUAGAGGGGGAGAAGGCGCUUCUCGUAAGUCCCAGAGGCGGCAGGGUGUGAGGAAGGGCCAGCCGCCGCCGCGAGGCCAUCCCGGAAGGGCAGCCGAGCCGGCGCUCCCUCCAGGGCCAGGCUCUGUGGCCGCGGGCAGGAUUUCCUGGGAGUCGGGAAGCUCUGAUUGCGCCUUGGCUCGGUGACCUCGGGCAGGACACUUCCUCAGUUUCCCCAUCUGUCUAAUGGGGUGACGUCAGCAGCUCCCUCUCAGGUCCCGGUCACAAAGCAGCCCGCAAAGGCUGCUCUCAGGGUCACGGGCCUGAGAACGUCUCCGUGGGUUUCGGCUCCAGAAUGAAAAAUGACCUGGGUUUGAUUUUCCAAGCCCCGGCCUGGCUCUUCGGCCGCCUUCUCGGACACCGCCCGCCCGGGGCCUUGCCUUUGCUUCUCAGGUCUGGAAGGGCCCCUCAGCCUGGCCCCCUCCCUGCUCCACCUGCCUUGGAGCCCGGUUGCGCUUCCCAUUCCUUCCCUGGCCACUUUCAUUUAACUACAUUGUCCUUAUUCUGCAGAAUGCUUCGUAUAAAUCGUACCAUCGCAUGUUUUGUUACAAACUGCCCCAAUUUCUUCCCUACCCCGGGGCCGGGGGCCGUCCUACCAACAAACUACUUUUUAAAAAGCGCAGAACGGAUCGGUGCCAAGUGUGCUUGUGUGCCACGGGCCGGCCCCUCCCAGGGCUCCCCUCUCUGCCCUGGAGGCGAGGCGGCCAUGGGGGCUGCAAGGUGGGCAUGGGAGGGGGGGGCGGCGGCCCUCUGGGUCCUUCUCAGUCAUGGGCCUCUGGGUCCUUCUCAGCCACAGCCCUCUGGGUCCUUCUCGGCCCUGGCCCUCUGGGUCCUUCUCGGCCACGGCCCUCUGGGUCCUUCUCGGCCACGGCCCUCUGGGUCCUUCUCGGCCCUGGCCCUCUGGGUCCUUCUCGGCCACGGCCCUCUGGGUCCUUCUCAGUCAUGGGCCUCCGGGUACUUCUCAGUCACGGCCCUCUGGGUCCUUCUCGGCCCCGGCCCUCUGGGUCCUUCUCAGUCAUGGGCCUCUGGGUCCUUCUCGGCCCUGGCCCUCUGGGUCCUUCUCGGCCACGGGCCUCUGGGUCCUUCUCAGUCACAGCCCUCUGGGUCCUUCUCGGCCACGGCCCUCUGGCUCCCAGAUGAGCUGGGAAUGUUCAGGAAUAGAAUCGAACCUUUAGCUUCAGGAUUAGGGGCAGCCCUGUUACUUCUGAGUCUCAGUUUCCUUCAUGGCCUCAUUUCCAUAUUCAAUAAAUCACUGUAAAUUCAGGCCCUUCUCUGGGUCAGUGUGACCCGGGACCAGAAGCCAGGGAAUGGUGGCGCCGGCUCUUGGCCAGACGAGCGCCUCUGACAAGAGAACGAGCAUCUCGGAGUCACAGGAAGGCUCCGAUCCCCAUCCCUCGAGGGUCACCCACGGCCAGGGAGCAGCCUCCCCUUCUGCCUGCCACAGCCGAGAAGGGGAGAGGCCCUCGGUCGGGAUGACCGGGCCCUCAGAAGUGUCCGGCCACUGGAUGGGCCAGACAGACGGCUUCAUGUCAUCGCCAAGUUCUGUGGGCACAAGUGAAAAGAAAAAACGAGGGUCAAUUAAAUAGUGAUUUAUUGGCCUUGGACAUUUAAUGAAAUAAGUACCAAAUUUUUCCAGUUGCAUUCCAGACUGCAUUGUCUUGGAUUAUAGAAAUGUGGUUCUUGGCAAUUGAUCUGCUUAUUAAUAGUUUAUUUUGAUCCACAUGCCAACAGAUGUAUUCUUUCUUACUCUACGCUGAGCCCGCUGGGGGUCCCAGGCCCUCAUUAACCAGUGGGUGCCUAUCACAUGCCGGGAUGAAGCCCGAGGGAAUAAACACAGGUGGUCUGCUUCGGUCCGGCGGCCUCCCUGUCAGUGAUGGGACACCCGGGGCAAAGCAGCUCCGCAGAGGCUGACUGUAUUUCACCUCUGAGGAAGCUGAAGCUCCCUGCGUGGCAGAUCUUGACUCCCAAGCCCUUGACUUGUAUCCAGCAGGCAUUCUCACAGUUAGCAAUCAGCAGGCGUCUACUAAAUGCUCCUAUGUGCCAGGCACUGAGCUGGCCACACAGAGUGAACCUUCUCCUAAUGGGGAAGCUAAGUAUGGGUGUGCCCACUGUGCGUGUGUACAUGAAGUAAAUGCAAAAAUCACAAACAAAAGCUGCUUAACGUAGAGUCGCCAGGGCGGGCGGGCACCGGCAGCUGGUGGGAUCUGGGAGGUGGUUCUUGAGUUGCACAUUGGAGAGGAGGCAGCUGUGGGAGGGAGGGCGCCAAGGCCAGCCAGUGUGGCGGCAGGGAGCUGGAACCCCAGAGAGAACACCAGCUCAGCGGGAUCCCCGAGUGUGGCAGGGAGGGGGAUGCCCAGAGAACUGAAGCAGGAGCAGCUCAAAAGCCUGGCGUUUGUCGUGGUCCUAGAGGCAAAGGGCCCACCGGGUCACUGUGACGGCAGGAACUCGCCUGGGGAUGGACAGCUGGGCUGCUGCUGAGCAGGAAGACCAGAGAAGGGAAAGACUUGAGGCAGAGAGACCCAGCAGCAGACCAGGGCUGGGGUGUGAGGCCGGGGGAAGGGGGAGCCACGGGAGGCGGGGCAGAGCCUCGGGUGCGGGAGAUGCUGCUGCAGGGAAGUAGAAGUCCUGGGCAAGGUACAGACCUGGGAGGUCAGAGGGGUGGCGCGGCUUCUGAGAAAUGAGCACGUUUGGGAGAAGGGUGAGCGUGGGGGAAAGGUGGCGGGUUUGAGGGGCCUCUGGGCUGUCCAGCUUGAAGCACUCAGUGGGCGCUUAGAGCUCGAGAGACUGAGGUGGGCUAAGAAACCCACGGGGACCCAGAAGGUCACGGGAAAGCAGAGAAGCAGCCUUGGAAAAUGCUCAUUUUAUUAGGAUGUGGAGGAUGAGCCAGUAGAGGAUCUGGAGUAGGAGGCAGUGAGAGGGCCAGAGAAGGUGGCCCCCAAUCCUGAGGAAGAUCAUGGGGAGGAGAGGCCCCGUGGACGGGAAGAGUAGAGGCAGGUCGGUACCUGGGAGGGUGAAGUGGGCUGGAAUAGGGAGCGUGUGUGAGGGAUUGGGAGGUUAGGGAAGGAAUGGGGGCUUAGGAAGGAAUGGGGAGCUUAGGGAAGGAAUUGGGAGGUUAGGGAAGGAAUGGGGGCUUAGGGAUGGAAUUGGGAGGUUAGGGAAGGAAUGGGGGCUUAGGGAAGGAAUGGGGGCUUAGGGAAGGAAUUGGGAGGUUAGGAAAGCAAUUGGGAGGUUAGGGAAGGAAUUGAUCCACAUGCUCAACUCCUUGAGAAAUAAAGGAAACUAAGGCAGAACACCACUUCCAUGUUUUUGUGUAAGGUAAAAAAAAAAAAAAAGGAGAGGUCACUGAGUGGUAAUGGCACAGGUAAAAUCUGGAGGUAGCAAUGGGCAGCAUUACCCCUGUGGGACUAAUAUGGUGAGAUUGAGAAGGGGAUGGGAUGGGGUAAGUAAAAAUAGAACCAGAGGUGGAAAGAAGGACCAUAGAUGCAGCUUCAAAUAAAGGUGGCCAGAUCUCAGUAAGGGCAGAUAAGAAUAGCAUGAGAACUGUCAAAAAUGAAAAGCAUUUUAUUCAUUUGGAACAGGAACUCCAGAGGGCACCGUGGAAGGGAAUAGGCAAAGUUAGGCUGGUGCAUGGGCUGAGUAAGGUUGAAAAGGAUGGAAAAAAGAGAAUUGGAUGUGGGUGUUAGUAAUAACUUGGUCUUCCUAUUAAAUAUAUCACAUUGUCUCUCUGUUCACUUUAGAGUUUACUAAGGACUUUGGGGUAGUCUUCAUUUGAAUUUCUCAAAACAAACGUGUAGGUUAAGUAAUGCGCAAAUAUUAUUUCUAGCCACUACAAACAGGGCUGCCACAAACAGCAUAUGUGGGUCCCUUUCCCUUCUUCAGUAUGUCUUUGGGAUACAGGCCUAGUAGAGACACUUCUGGGUAUGCAGAGUUUGAUAAGUUUUUGAGCAUAGUUCCAGAUUGCUCUCCAGAAUGCUCGGAUCCAUUCACAAUUCCACCAACAAUGUACUAGCGUCCCAGUUUCUCACAUCCCUGCCAACAUUCAUCAUUAUCUUUUCCUGUCAUCUUAGCCAAUAUGAGAGAUGUGUAGUGGUACCUCAGAGUUGUCUUAAUUUGCAUUUCUCUGAUCAAUAAUGAUUUGAGCAUUUUUUCAUAUGAAUAGAAAUGGUUUCAAUUUCUUCAUAUGAAAAUUGUUCAUAUUCUUUGUCCAUUUAUCAGUUAGAGAAUGGUUUGUAUUAUAAAUUUGAGUUAGUUCUCCAUCUGUUUUAGAAAUGAAGCGUUUAUUGGAACUCUGGGAUGUAAAAAUUACCCCUCUUUCCCCCCAGUUUACUGCUUCCCUUCUAAUUUUGUCUGCAUUGGUUUUGUAUGUGUAAACAAAUUUCUUUCUUCUCGACAGAUCUGAGAGGUAGAUUAUCCUUUGUUCUUCUAAUUUGCUUAUAGUUUCACUUUUUAUGUCUAAAUCAUGAACCCAUGUCAACUUUAUCUUGAUAUAGAGUUAAGGGGAAUUUUAAAAAAUAUAUUUAAAUUUUUUUCAUCAUAUGCUAUAAUGAAACUUAUUAAUAAGUUUUAAAAUAAAAAAAAGAACAUUGAGAACCUUGUGUAGUAUACCUUUUCAUGAAUAGUGAUGUCUGUUAGUUAUAUAGGUCUACUGAAUAGGUUUCUUUAGGAAUAUUUAACAAAAAUAACAGAUUGAUUAGAAAACCAAGUUAGGUCAUAAUACCUUAAAAGAAUAAAACUUUAUAAGAAAGACAUAUAAAUUAAUCAACUUCCUAAUUAUUGUUGAGAAAUGUCUACAUAGAGCAAGGAAUCAGAACAGAAAAACUUCUUACAAAAGAGUAUUUCCUAUUCAAGCUGACCUGCUAAUAGCAGUGUUAAUUGCACUUGCUGAUGUAGUGAUGUGACCUUAUUUUCUUUAGCUAAACUGCCUGACUCCUAGCAUUCAGACUAUUUCAUUCUGAUUGCUGAUAGUCAUUGCCCCCUGUGAGAUUCAUUCCCACUCUGUCCCCUUCCCACCCACUUCUCCCAAACGGGAGAGCAUGUCUUUGCCUUAUUGUUUCAGUGGCCAGCUUCUGAGACGGGCAGCACAUAAACUCCUUUAUUGCACUUAUGAACACAGCGUUGUUUUAUUACACUAGCAUGUAUAUGAAAGAACCUGAACAGUAACAUAUCCACUUACGGCAAAAAGAGUGGCUAACCUUCUAGAGUGUUAAGAUUUACAAAAGCUUCACUUGGGUUAUCUCAUUUGAUCUAACAGCCCCCACUCUCUGGAGCAUCUAAAAACUUAGAACAUAACCAAAAAGUAUCCCCACCUUGGAAGUGUGAGCAGAAAAGCUCCAAGGGGAAGCUUUGAGGCCAAAAUGAACAAAACCUGUGAUAGGAUUGAACAGUUUGCUAACUAGAGGAAAAGUCGUCUUUGUCGGUUUUAUAUGUUCACUAACAUUUAUAUGUUAGUGAACACAGCCCAGGGUCAAGACUAAGUUGGAGAAAAAGAAGCAAGAAUAGCAGAGAGGAGAAUAAUUCCUGUCAGCAGGAAAAUGGAACAGAAUCAGUAGAAAACACAAGUGGUGAUAGUGUGAGUGAAAGAAAAACGUGGCUAGAACAGUCCAGCAGUUUGGGGGCCUCAAUACAGCCGGCCUGCUGUCUAGGAUCCACCAUACUCUGUCAGUAAUAUUUAUAUGAGCAGUGUGGUACAGUAAUUGGGGUUUGUUUACUGAAAAAGAAAAAAAAAAGUAAUUUAUUUUAGAAAGAAGGCCCUGAAAAUUUCAUUGAAUUUUCCACUAGUCAAGCUGAUAAAGGCGAUGACCAAGUUUCCAAAAGAAAAAAUGAAAUGCUCACUAGCCCAUAAAAAAAGACUCAGAAUCCCCAGGGAGAGACCUGAUCUUGGAUCUUGCUCUUGAGGUAUCUAGCCCAACUACUAGCCCCCAGUCACACAGGCAGGGAGGACUGGAGGCAGAAUUGGAACCUAGAUCCUCUGGUUCCAGAGCUGUGCUCUCACCUUCCCCUCCCAUCCAUCACACUGAUAACAACGUGGCCUGCAGUAUUGGAGAGCCCUGCACGAAGAGCUACCUGUCCAUUGCUCAUCAGCAGCAUUCUGUGGUGGCAGAAAACUGGGGGAAUUGGGACGGUCACUUAUUGGGAAAUGACUCAACAAGUCACAUACAAGAAUGUAAGGAAACACUGCUCCAAGGCGUGACAAAUAGAAAUGAGAGAAGACUUGGAUGAAUGAGGGAAAGUGAAGAAGACCCAGCCCUCAGAACACAAGCCCUGCAGCCCCGGUUCACUCCUGGCCAAGCGUGAUCUCUAGGACCAAUGGUGAACAGGGGACCAGAGAUGGCAGGCUCAGCACUGCUCUGUCCAGUUUGUCUUUGUUAAACAUGGAGAGUUCUCCAUUGGGAGAGUUUAUUGGAAAAUGACUGAGAAAAAAAAAGCACACUGUGUAAGAGUGACUGAGCUUGACCAGAGGAGAAGAGGGUACAUGAUCCUCCCUCCUUUCCUAUGGUGUUGGGGGAAUCUGGGGGAUGUAGUGUAUACUGGCAAUGUGCUGGUUGAUUUGGUCAAACUACUUUUAUUUUUGUCUUUGUGACAAAUGAGUAUGUUACAAACAAAAGGCAUCAAUAUAAAAAAGAUAAACAAUUUAAAAGUAAAAUAACUGGCACCUAAAGCACUUCUCCCUUUUCCUUGCUUCAUUAAAUCCAUGCAAAUGAGAUCUUAAUCAAAACUAAUCCAACAUGAAGUAUGUUUCGCUUCAAAAGCCAAUUUCUUAGAAAACUUUUUCUUUCAAAUUAAGGAAUUAACAAUUUUUUUCAUUUUUAAAAUACACUUAAUGUAAUAAAAUGUUAUUUAAAACAAGAAAACCAUAAAUAACUAUUGGGAAAAUAUGAACUAAAACCUUUUUUUUGGACACUAAUGACUUCCUUUUUUUAAAUGGUUAAAAUAAAAUUUGUGAGAUUUAAAGCAUUGUUCUUAACUUGGAGGAGACGGUAGUUAGUAAACUUGGAUUAAGAAACGUGUCCUGCUUUCUAGAGCCCCCAAGUUGGGGUGACAAAAUGUAUUGUGCUUUAUAGAGCCCUCAUUCUGGGCUGGUUAAAAUAUACUGUCUUAGUGGAGGAGUGAUGAGGCGAAACUCCUGAGGAGGGUGAAAAUAUGGAAUCUGUUUCUUCCAAGUUCUUUCCUCCUUAUAUACCUCAUACCUUACGUAACAGAACACUGUUCAUACACCAAGUAUACACUGUGCACGUGGGAAGGGAAGGAAGGAAGGAAGGAAGGAAAAAAGGACUUGAACAACUUGCUAUUGUAUGUAUUUUGCCACUUGGUAUCACUCUACUUCAAUCUGGACACAGGUUGUCAUCCCUCCCCCAACUUCUCAGGAAGACCAAGGGGAAACAGGGAGAUGGGGAACCAAACCAGGGGAAAUGCUUUGCCAUGGAAGGGAGACUGUGAUCAUAUUCAGCUGUGCCUAUGGAAGGUCACAAGGCAGGAACUUCUCUCCUGCUCCUGACUGGGUUCUUAAGAGACAGUGUUGAUCCUGGCAUUCCCAUCACAGUCAUAGCCAGACAGACAAGGCUGGGCCUCUUGUUCCUCAUGUCCCUUAUACCAUACAGUCCACCAGAGGGAGGCUUUUCCUCCCUUAUUGCUGAUACAACCUUAGGCACUCGAGUUUGUAAGUCAACUUUGUAGUUGAUGGGAGGAGGAGGGUUCCUGCAACCAGAACUGUCAUCCCAUGUACCCUACGCCCGUAUUCUUCAGCCCUUAUCACAAUAUUCAUCUUUUGUCCUCAGCUUUAGAAGUUCAUACUAUUAGUGUCCAGGGGAACCUGCAUUUCCAGGGGAGUUGAAAUUCAUGCAUCAGAAAGUUCCCAAGCAGAGGAAUGAGAGAAAGGGGAAGCAGUGGAUGAAUCUAGAAUCUGGGGGAUUAGAAAGUUGAGGAAGAGGAUAAUUAGAAAUAUACCACUAAUUAAAAGAUAAGGUAACAUCAAAAGAAGGGUAAAGAGAAGCAAGUAAGGUUUUCCAGAGCACGCUUCUCAGCAUUAUGCUGGGAAACCGUUUCCUGAUCCCUUUGUGACCAGGCUUCAGGGGCAGUGAAGAAAGCUAGUUGUAGAAAGGAUUGUUGAGCCUGGAAUCAUCGUACUAGUGAAAGUGUAGAACUGGUCCAGCCAGAGUGGCCACCUGUGUUCUCGAAACAGUGGUGUCCCUGCUGGCCACCCUCACUCUCUAAGGGAAACAAACUUUACCCGUUUCUGAAAGUUUCCCUGAAAUGAUUCCAAGAAUGUCUAGAACAAUUCAAAUGAGCAACCAGAGCAUUAAGAAAAGAUAUUUUAGAACAAAAAUGAGAAUUUGUGUAAGAAUCAGCAAAUCAAAUGAUAUUAGAGCAAGGAAGAGGAAGGGGAAAACAAGAAUGAGGAAGAGAAAAAAUAAAAGUACUGAAGGAA